AUGGAGAGGUUUGGGAUUCAAAACCAAACUCUGGUUUCAUUUCUUCUUCUUGUCCUGUUUCUCUUCAUCCCCAACUGUUUUGUUUUCUGUCAAAACGACGACGUUAAUGAAGACUCCGGGUCCCAGCAACAACGGGUUAAAAUCCGGGUCGGGUUGGUUUUGAAUUUGGGUUCCGUGGAGGGAAAGAUAGUGGCAAGCUCUGUUUCCGUUGCCCUUUCUGAUUUCUACGCCAAUAACAAUGAUUACAAAACAAGAGUCUCUCUCUCAGUUAGAAACUCUCAAGGGGAGCCUCUCCGUGCUCUUGCUUCUGCUGUUGAGCUGCUGGAAACUGUAGGAGUGGAGGCGAUUAUCGGCGGGAACUCGUUUCUUGAGACGAAGUUUUUGGCGGAGAUUGGAGAGAAAGCUAGGGUUCCUGUGAUUUCACUUAGCUCUCCAGUUUCUUUGUCAAUGCGCAAAUACAGUCAUUUGAUCCAAGCGACACAUGAUUCGUCCUCCGAGGCAAAGGGCAUUACAGCUUUCAUCCACAGUUUUGGUUGGAAGAGUAUUGCUCUUGUUUAUGAGGAUGACGAUGACUGGAGAGAGAGUAUGCAACUCCUGGUGGACCAUUUUCAUGAGAAUGGUGUACGUAUUCGAUCCAAGGUUGGUUUAACCGUAUCUUCAAUCGAGGAGGUUAUGAUGGAUCGGUUAAGGAAGCUGAAGGACUUGGGAGGGACUAUCUUUGUGGUGCACAUGUCUGAGGUUGUUGCAACUCAUCAUCUCUUCCCAUGUGCUGCAAAAUUAGGGAUGAUGAGUGAAGGGUUUGCUUGGAUCCUUACUGCCAAAAGCAUGAACAGUUUCAAUCAGAACACUGAUAAUUUUGCAAAAGAAACAAUGGAAGGUGUGGUUGGUUUUAGGUCUUACAUCCCAUUUUCAAAAGAGCUUCACAACUUCACUUCUAUAUGGAGGAGAAAAUUACUAGGCAGUGAGGACAAUGUUGGGUCUGAGAUAACUCGGCUGAGCAUCUCCGGCGUAUGGGCUCACGAUGUAGCCUGGGCCCUGGCGAGAGCAUCAGAAGUUACAAGGAUGCACAAUGCAUCAUCAACUCUCCUUGAGGCAAUCACUCAGUGUAGGUUCAAGGGUUUGAGUGGUAACUUCCAAAUCAAGGCUAAGAAUUUCUUGUCAGACAAGUUUGAGAUUGUGAACUUGAUAGGAUCAGGUGAGAGAAGGGUAGGCUUCUGGAAUACUAAUGGCUUUUUCAGCAGUGGAAGACAUUUGUACAACAAGGUGGACACCAUAAUCUGGCCCGGUGUGUCUGCUCAAAGUCCAAAAGGGCGGAGACUAGGAGAAAGCAAGAGAAAAACGCUGAGAGUUUUGGUACCAUCUAGCAACAGAUUCCCAAAACUAGUGAAUGUGAUGACUGAUGAAGUAACAAAAAAAAUAAUUGCUGAUGGGUUCUGUAUACAAGUCUUCCAUGCUUCCAUUAGGCGUUUCAACUAUGAUGUUGAGUACAUACUUUGGCGCAAUGGUAGCAACUAUGACGAUCUAGCAUAUGGUCUUAGUAGCCAGAAAGACAAAUAUGAUGCGGCCGUGGGAGAUAUUACAAUAACUUCCAACAGAUCGAGUUAUGUUGCUUUUACGAUACCAUUCACUGAAAUGGGUCUUGGAAUGGUGGCACCAAAGCAGAGUGGUAUGUGGGUGUUCUUUCAACCCCUAACACCAGAUCUUUGGAUGACAAGUGCAGCUUUCUUUAUCUUGACGGGCACUAUAGUUUGGUUGAUAGAAAGACCUGAGAACACUGAGUUCCAGGGAUCUUGGUCACAACAAAUUGGAGUUAUGCUUUGGUUUGGCUUCUCCACCCUUGUUUAUGCUCACAGGGAGAAGCUAAAACACAACUUAUCAAGAUUUGUGGUUACAGUGUGGGUAUUUGCAGUGCUUAUACUGACUACGAGUUACACUGCAACAUUGACAUCAAUGAUGACAGUGCAACAGAUAAGAUUCAACUCCAAUAAAGACUUUAUAGGGCACCUUUCAGGAUCACUCAUUGCAAAUGCGAGCCUGGCUAGUACCAACAUCAAUGCAACGAAUGUCAGAGGUCUCAAUAACUCUGCAGACUAUACUAAAGCCUUACUUAACAACAGUGUCGCAUUCAUUAUCGAUGAGUUGCCAUACCUUAAUGUCCUCCUUGGAGAAAAGCCUGAUCAUUUUCUCAUGAUCAAGCCACAAAUUACCACCAACGGUUUCGGAUUUAUGUUUCAAAAAGGUGACGAGUUGGUGCAUUUGGUGUCCAAAGAAAUCUCGGAGCUAAGAACAAAAGGGAGGCUAAACGAGAUGGCGGUAAGGUGGUUUGAGAAUCGGCUUCCAUACACAAUAGAUGAUACAUCAGAUCCUAUAGACCUUUACAGGUUCCGCGGUUUGUUUAUGAUCACUGGAGGUUCUUCAGCUUUUGCUCUUGCAGUUCUUUUCAUUAUUUGGUUAAGAGAUAGAUGGGAAGAUCUUACGAGUUCCAUCAACAUAUUUCUCUCGCGACGAUUUGUACAUUUCAGGAUCCUCUUUGCAAGAGCUAUCCAUCCAAGCCCACUCGAUGACCUCUUUGGUGAGAAUGCAGUGCAGAUGUCUCAACGUAACAGAUAG